AUGAAGGUGGAGUUAGUGGUUGUGAUAGUGGUGGUGGUGGGAAUUGCGGUUAUGGAGGUGGUGGUGGUGGUGUCAGUGGCAGCAUGGAGGUGGUGGUGGUGGUGUUGUGGAGGUGGUGAUGGAUGUGGAGGUGGUGAUGGAUGUAGAGGUUUUGGAGGAGGUGGUGGUUGUGGUGGUUGUGGUGGUAGUGGCGGCGGUGGUAGUUGUGGAGGUAGUGAAUGCAGUGGUGCAUAUUGUGGAGUUGGAUGUGAAAGUGGAGGUGGUGUUAUUUUUUAA